CGGGCUUUACGCGUCACAGUGAGGAGCAAUCCGAGUGCGUGUUUUUGCUAGUUGAAAACUAUAACAUGACCACUCCUGUUUGGCUUCGUGCCGGGCAGGGAAUUUUUGGAACUUGAACCACUAUGGAUUCUUUUCAUCAUGGCUCUGUCCCUAGCUUGGAUGGAGGUGAGGAAGAGUGUUUGAUAUUGGUUGAAUGGCUGACUAUUUGCUAUGUACGGCGGAAAUUAUGUUGACUAGAUUUAAUUUAGGACGAGUCUAGAUACCGAUUAUCGCAUUUGUGGUGAUGGCCUGGUGCCAUGCCAACGGUAGAGGUAUCGCGCAGCUGGUAUCGCGUAGCAACCGUAAUAUCAUCGCAGGAAAUAUUUGUCAUUGAAAUUGAACAGCUUUUGAAAGGUCCACUAAGCUAUCCUACAACGCCUCUACCACCCUCGAAGUGUUAUGUCGAUACACUAGAGAGUUUAUCGUCGCAAAUGAAUUGAGUCGCUUGGAUCAUUCUUUUCACGUGGAGUCAUCUGUUGCGCGACCACCGACUCCAACACAUAAAAUCAGGCAUACCUUAGGUUUCUGUUACCUGAAAGAAACUCUAAAGCCUAACGCAACUGAAGAAACGAACUUCAAUCGCCUACGAUACAAUCACUACAAACAGUCGGCUUCGAAAGCAAGCAUGGAUCCGGGCAUGGGCAUUAAUAAUUUCCCUGCCAUCGUAUUUGCCUCGGUCAUUGAGUACCUGGUCUUGACUGUUGGCAUUUAUAAGGCUGUUCGACUCCGUCUAGUGAAUAAGGCUUUCAACUCCGAGAUACUAUUUGCUAUAUGCAAUAAGCAAGUUAUUGAUAUUGAUGACUUGGCUACCCCGUGGGUGUCCUCGAGGAUAACCCCUUCAAUUAAAGCCCAAAUCUUCCUAUACCGGUCCCGUUCUGGUAAGGGAAAACAAGACAGCUAUGUCACCACUAUCACCAGUGUCAACAAGGCAAUAGACCUCUUAACGCAGCAGACCGAAGAAGGUCGGGAUAAACAACACCAGAUCAUCGCCGAGGCUAUCUGUACUAUGCAUCCCCACAGCAUCGAACACUGGCAGAGUACCAUUAAUAUCAAUACCCACAUAGAAGCGCAAAACAUCCUGAGUGGUGCUAUUGUUCUCGGAAAUCUACCUUUAGUUGAGUCGCUACUCGAAGCACCGAAUACAUUGGCCCGAGUUAAUUUUGAAACUCCCUACUUUGGUCGACCACUGCAGCUUGCGGCUGUUUGGGGUCACCUACACAUCGUCCGUUACUUAAUCCACCGCGGUGCUGAUCCACGAGCAAGUAGUUAUGAUAGCGAGGAUGAUGGUGGUCCAGACUGGAGGCCCAAUGGAAAAGGCUUUAUUGACGACAAGCAGCGAUACUAUCGAAAACCUCGGGGAAGCGCCCUUCGAGCUGCUGCCUUAGGAGGGCAUGAAGAUAUUGUGAACCUACUUCUAAAGCCGGAACAUCGGCUUUCGACUUCUAAAGAGGAAUAUUUUCGAGCGAUUAUGGCUGCGGCGCGCGGUGGCCAUCCCAACAUCUGCCAACUACUUAUCACCUUGACGGGUAAACCCCUACGCCACCUCACAAGAUUGAGAGAUGAAAUAUUUGGGGAAGCAACUUUCCAUGGACGAGAAGAAGUGGUGCAGAUGGUACUUGAUUCUGGUCUGGACAUUGAUGCAAAGCCACGACAAGAAGAAACAUAUGUCUCCGCUCUGGAUAUCGCCGCAUCAAGGGGUGAUAUUCGUAUGGUCCGGUUUUUACUGGACCGAGGGGCCUCCAUAAGGCCACCCGUGAUGUUGACUGCAAACCCUAUCAAAAGCGCCGCCUCUGGUGGGCAUCAAGAAGUCAUGGAGAUAUUACUUGAGCAUGGAGCUAACGAUGAAAGGGUCCUCGAAGUUGCUACUAAUAGAGGGCAAGCUCGCCUAGUUAAAUGGCUCUUGGCAAAAGAUCCAAGCCAAGUAACCAGGGCAGAUAGGUAUGGACAAUACACAGUGGGAGUAAGUGCGUUGUUAUACGCCAUGAAAAUUAGGAAUCCCGACAUUAUAGCCCUCCUAGUUGAUGCUGGUGUCUCGCUGAAAGGAAUUCCUGAUACGGGAUUCAUACCACAUGGAGAUGAGCUUCUUUCUUCGGUGUGGAUAUUGGAUCUACUCGUUUCACUCGGGGUCGUAGAUCUAGAUCCCGAAAAAUAUCAAAGUUAUCAGCGGACUCCGGAGGAAGACAAUAUUCGAUAUCAGCCAAUGAGGAGAAGAGUGAAGAUUUCAAGACGGACAUGGCAAUGGGUAGGCAAGCAUUGAGACUUGUAUAUCAUCCUCUGACGCUAUCCUAUGGUAUAACUAUGUGUCUCUCAGAGAAGUAGUAUUUACCUAGGUACUCUUAAUGAUGCUAGUUCGAGCACGUCAGUUGGGAAAGAAACAAUGUAUAUAACUGUUGAAGAUUAACGAUUAAUGAUAACCUUACCGGCGUUUGUUAAUAAAGACUUUCGGC